GGAUCACAGAGCUGGUGACAGCAAUGCGUUAGAAUGUGUUCUCGAGGGAUUCAUCAAGGAUACCUGAAGAAAUAUGGUGGGUUUCUCUUCAAGCAAUGGAAGGAGAAAUUCUUCUUUUUAUCGACGAAGGGAUCCUUGGCAAUCUGUCGUGACCAGGAUGCACUGCCUGAGGCUGAAAUCUCACUCCCGAGUAGCUGUAAGGCCAUCGUCAAGGGCAGCCAGAUCAGUGACCUUCCCCGGCUUCCCCUAGGAGUACACGCAGACUGCUGCUUGGCUCUGAUACUGACAGAAGGCAAGCUUCUUCUGUUGCUGGCAACAGAUGCUGAGGAUUGCAGCCAUUGGUUGAAGGUACUAAGGAAGAUGAAAGAGUCCUUUUCCCCCAAUGUGUCCUUGUGCAGGAUCCACUUUGAUAAAAGGCUCAGCAUAUCUGACUGAGAGAAAGAACAUGUUGCAAUGGAGAUGGCAUGUCAUUGUCGGGAAGCUACACCAAACAGGAGUAAAGGACGGCAGCCGAGAGGGUGCCUGCGACACGGUUGCCAGUCCAGAAAGCUUGUCCGAGCUGCCUGCCUGUUAGUGGGUGGCGCAGCCACAGGCCCCAGCCUUGGUUACAUGAUGACCUCCUCCUCUGCACCAGCCUCUGAAAGAGUUCCCCUGGAUUUCAAGGAACUUGGCAUUCACUCAUCUGACUGCUGCCAGGAUACUGAGCCAGGUCCGGGCUAUAACUCUUUUGAAUGCGAAACUAUGGAUCAGGACUUUGACACGUUUGACUUUGGUGGGUUUGCUUUCUAGAUGGUUACAAGCUACUUCAACCCUAUUCUGUCCUCUUACCUGAGCUCCAGCUGGGAAAAGCAUUAGCUAUCCAGGCCUGCAACUGGAUAAUAUUGGCAACCCUCAAAGAUUGCCUCAAAGCCUCCAGACAUUAAAUACAAACCUGCAGCAACCCUGGUUGGGGGAGUGGUGGGGGGGGGGAGAGAUAUCAAAAAGAGUCAGCAUCAACAAAAUAGUUUUCAUUUUUUUCCUUUCAAUGUUUUUAUUCAUUGGUUUAGCAACCUUGGAGAUUGGGGAUUAAGGAUUGUUUGUUUUGAUCAUGCGAUCAAAGCUCCAGGAAAAUGUUCCAUUGGAGUUGGCAUCCCUCUCGCAACAGUGUCUAUUAUUCCAUUCUGUUGGUCAUUCUACCCACACAUCUUUUGGACAAUAUCAUACAAACAAGGCCAGUGAGGGACUGCAGCAUUAAGACAGAGAAACUAAUUGGAAGCUUCCUCAACAACACAACAAACAUAAUGUAGAAGCGAACAAAGGGGCCAGUGCUGUUUCUCACUUUGCCAUGUGUACAAAAUAAUUGAUGCACUAACCUACAGAACAACCGUUGCAGUAUUUCAAAUUAAUCCUUCCUUAACCACAUGUAGGGAAUUCCGAUGGUUGAUAAGCUGCUUAAACUGCAAUAUAAAUGCAAGCAUGUCGUUUGGAACUGCACAAUUAGGGAGAGUAUUUUGAAAUUGAAUAGAAUAUUGUUCCCCUUAUAUAUCAAUAAGAAUAAAUAUGUGAUGCUUCUUUAAUUUGAUUAACUUUCUCAAGCUGCUUUGCAUGAGCGUAAUUGAACAACAGACCAAAGAAGGUGAUCAUAGAAUAGGGGAAGAAACAUUUGAACAAGGAGUUAGGUAAAUUAACUCAAAGAGGCUGGUAUCCCGUCAUUCAGUCAUCCUCUAUUUAUAUGUGCAUAGUACUUGACACUGAUCCGUUUUCCUCAGAAUCAGCUUCCAGAGUCGAGCCAGGGCUCCCUGAUUGGACCAGGUUAACAGCCCCAAUCAGGGAACUCAUAUUCUAUGAGGUCCAACUGUCUGAC